UUGUCAUGCUAGUUCAGAAAAUGUUACAUUUAUUUUUUAAAGCUGUCCGUGUAGUGAUACAUUAGCACCAGCAGGGGUACAUGUCAGAGCCUCGGGCUGAUUCUGGAGCACCAAUGCCCGGCCAGCUUCGACCUGACUCCGCUUUCCGCAACGUUGGUUCGUUCCUCUACGUCCGUGUCGCAUUCCGCUGCGCAACGCCAACGUUAUAUUUGUGAUGAGGCGGGAAAUGGCGUCCGAAGACAUGGCUGAUCUGUGACUAGCCACCGAGCGACACACACACGGCUGGCUGCGACAACCACGGCUCGACCUCUAUCGGUGGUCGCCACGGUUGCAGUCCACGGCUCAACAAAACACUGCGGCAAGUUUUAAAAAAGAAAGCUUCAGAGAUAGUUGGUUCUUCUAUGUGAUGUUGGAGCACAAUGAGGCUGAGAGUGCGUAAAGCUCCUCAGCAGCCGAACAAAGGCCAUCAAACACACCUGUCCCAGCUGAAACGCAAACAUCGGGAAGUGGAGCCACCCCCCGGGAGAAGUCGAGGCAAAAUGCAGAAAAAUGAAACCGGGCUUUUCUCCACAAUAAAGAAAUUUAUCCGUGGAAAUGCUGUCAAGGUGGAUCCGGACAUCCCGGCCAAAAGGAGCCGCAUUGAUUGUAAUCCUGACAAUAAUCUCAUAACAUCGACUCCGCAGACCAGAGAUCUAUCCAACAAAACAGUAGCCAGAGUUUGCCGGAAAACUCCCAAUAAAGACACAGUGACCUGCAGCAGUAAACUCCUGAAACCAAACGGUAAAAUGGAAGCCCCUGUCGAGUCACCCAGCAGCCCCCCGCGCACCACCCUGCUCGGAACCAUCUUCUCACCAGUCUUCAACUUUUUUUCACCAGCAACCAAGACCGAAGCCACUCCAGGCUCCGAUUCUCCGGGCCAAGCAGUGGAGGCCGAGGAAAUCAUGAAACAACUGGACAUCGAACCGGCCGAAGAAAUGCAGAGUAGCACCCUGACAUCCACAGAAGGAAUCAGUCAGUGUUACUCCUCAUCCGUGUUACCACAGAGACUUCAGAUUACCUCCGACACUUCCAUAGAAGAAGGAGAAAUCAUCACAGAGACGGACAUGCCCCCAUUAACGGCUCCCGGGUGCAUGUCAGUUGGCAGCUAUCCACAUUCGAUACCCUCAGCCCCUCCAGAAACCUCCUAUGAAGACGAGUGGGAAGUUUUUGACCCGUACUACUUCAUCAAGCAUGUGCCUCCUCUGACAGAAGAGCAGUUAACACGAAAACCAGCAUUACCUUUGAAGACACGCAGCACACCAGAGUUCUCUCUGGUUCUGGAUCUGGAUGAAACUCUGGUUCACUGUAGUUUAAAUGAGUUAGAAGACGCUGCUCUCACUUUCCCUGUGCUUUUUCAGGAUGUAAUAUACCAGGUUUAUGUUCGAUUGAGGCCCUUUUUCAGAGAGUUUCUAGAGCGCAUGUCUCAGUUAUACGAGAUCAUUCUCUUCACGGCUUCAAAAAAAGUCUACGCUGACAAGUUGCUCAACAUCCUGGAUCCCAAAAAACAGUUAGUGAGACAUCGGUUAUUUCGGGAACACUGCGUCUGCGUUCAAGGAAACUACAUCAAAGACCUCAACAUUCUGGGACGGGAUCUCUCCAAAACGGUUAUAAUUGACAACUCCCCCCAAGCCUUUGCUUAUCAGCUUUCCAAUGGAAUCCCUAUUGAAAGCUGGUUUGUGGACAAAAACGACAACGAGCUUCUAAAACUCGUCCCUUUCCUGGAAAAGUUGGUGGAGCUGAACGAAGACGUCAGACCUCGCAUCCAAGAGCGCUUUCGUUUGCACGACCUCCUUCCUCCCGACUGAGGAGUCCCUGCUCUCUAAUCCCUCAGUCCCAACGCCAUGAGGGGGGAAGAAAAAAAAGAAAGACUGAAGGAUGUAUUCAGUGGUUUUUAAGCGUGCAUAUGCAGCAUUUCUUGUUUUAGUUGGUUUUGUUUAGUUUUUAUUAUGCAGGACAAAAAGACGCUCAAAGCAGACUUGGAACAAACAGAAGGCCUUCUGGUGGAAGUGGAGUCUCCAACCAUGUUGGAUUGACAAACCUGAAUGUUGCUAGCUGUCGGUUCUUUGAACUUUAACUUUCCACGGCCAGUCAGACCUGCAUUUUGUUCACUAUUAUCUUGUAAAUAUAUGUACAUAAUUCUUUUUUUUCUCUCUCAAGGUUUUUACAUAAUUUUACUUCUGAUUUUACUAUGUACCCUUUUAUUCAGUUGCUUUUAUAAACCAUGAAAAGUGUUUAAAGUUGUUGAUAAGCAGCUGCUUUUCUGUUGUAUGCCUGCAGUAUUCCUGUGAUGCUUUACUCCAUUAUAUGCAGUUGUCUGUAAUAAGGUGCAGUUAUUUUUAUUUUUUAAAGAAGUAUCUUCGGAAAGAAAACGUUUCUAAAAUAUUUUAAAGUUUAGAAAAAAAAGGUAAUCUUGAAUGAGAUCUCAAAUGGAUACAAAGCCAUAAUGGCCAAUCAAUAAUUUUUGGAGAUUUGUAUCUGAGAGUCCGUUUCUGAUUAGACACUUUGAUGGGGGGGGGGGGGAUUCUGGCAUCUUGCACUUUGACAUCCGGCCCUUUGUAAGUUAAUGUCAAAUCUUUUCUACAUAGGUGUGCAUCGCUGAAAAUUGUCAUGGGAGGAGAUGGAAAUUGUAGCACCAGCAAAUUGCCAACAUGUCCACUUUGAAAUCUUGUUUUCCAAGAUGUCCCGUAUGUUGGAUCUUUUCAUGAACAAGCCCCCCCCCCCAGAUUUAUUGACUAUUGAAUCAUCACUCCUGGUGUAUUCAGUGUUACGCAAUGGUUCCCUUAAAAUAAAUGCAUUUUUAUACAA